GACUGGGCAGCGCGGCCCGGCCCGGCUCGGCUUGUGCCUUCUUCACGUGUCGGCCACCGGGACGCAGCGCAGACAGACUGUGGGAAAGUUUCCGUGAACUUGCCCGAGUGUAAGCGAGUCCGAAGAAGCGGGUCUGUGUGUUCAGUGGCAGCGCGGCCGGGCUCGCUCGGGAAGUAGCUGAGCUCAGUUCCCCAAAAAUUAUAAAAGCGGGAAAACUCAAGACAAAGAAAUCCAACAAGGCUAGUGACUUCAGUGAUAUGGCAAACUGGCCAACACCAGGUGAAUUAGUGAACACGGGGUCUCAGAAUGUUAUCAGCCAAGGAAAUAAGAAGCCACAAUUCAGAAAAGAAAAAGAAGAGAAGAUUGAAAAAAGAAGCAACAGUGAGAGCAAAGAGAACCGGGAAGCAAAACUAGAUGGUCCUGUUGAGAAUGUCAGCGAGGAUGAGGCUCAGUCAAGCAGCCAGCGGAAGAGAGCUAAUAAGCACAAAUGGGUACCACUCCACUUAGAAGAUGUGAGACCAGACAGCCAGGAAAGACCUGGGUCCCGGAACAGCUCUAGAUGUCAACCUGAAGCGAAUAAACCAGCUCACAGUAAUAGGAAAAGUGAUACACGAAGUUGGAGACGAGAUAGAGAAAAGAGAGAUGAUCAAGAUGAAGUAUCCAGUGUGAGAAGUGAGGGUGGUACCAUCCGAGGUUCCGCAAGAGGCCGAGGAAGAGGCCGGGGCCGGGGAAGAGGCCGAGGUCGAGGAAACCCUAGAUUGAACUUUGAUUAUUCCUAUGGUUAUCGAGAGCCAGGGGAAAGAACUGAUCAGCCCUUUCCCACAGAGCUUAACACCAGCAUGAUGUAUUACUACGAUGAUGGCACAGGGGUGCAGGUCUAUCCUGUGGAUGAAACACUGCUGAAAGAGUACAUUAAGCGCCAAAUUGAGUAUUACUUCAGUACAGAGAACUUGGAGCGGGACUUCUUUCUUCGCAGAAAGAUGGAUGAGCAGGGAUUCCUGCCCAUUUCCCUGAUUGCUGGUUUUCACCGUGUGCAAGCUCUCACCACAAACCUUAAUCUCAUCUUGGAGGCACUGAAGGAUAGCACAGAAGUAGAAAUUGUGGAUGAAAAAAUGAGGAAAAAGAUUGAACCAGAAAAAUGGCCAAUCCCAGGCCCUCCUCCUCGAAAUGUGCCACAAACAGACUUCUCUCAGUUGAUUGAUUGUCCGGAGUUCAUACCAGGCCAGGCCUUUGGCUCCCAUACAGAGUCUGCCCCAAACUCUCCAAGAACUGGAAGUCCACUGAGCCCAAAGAAAAAUACCGAAACAAAUUCUCUCCGAGUGAUGUCUAGAGGUUUGUCUACCAGCUUACCUGACCUGGACUCAGAACCAUGGGUAGAUGUGAAAGAGAGGCAUCACCCAUCCCCAGGGACGUUAAAGGAAUCAAUAUCUGUACCUGAAGAGACAUCAAAUCAACUAAACUUUCCAGAAGAACCAAAACAAGAAGAACGUGACUUUUUGUUUGAUGAAGAAAUUGAACAGACAGAAAGAAGGAAAAAGACAUUUAAUGUUUGGUCUGAUAAUGAUUCAGAUUAUGAAAUUGAUGACCAAGAUUUAAACAAGAUUUUGAUCGUAACUCAGACACCACCUUAUAUGAGAAAGCACCCUGGAGGAGAUCGAACAGGCACCCAUGCAUCACAAGCAAACAUUACGUCAGAACUUGCUGAAGUGAUUAGUGAUGGCUUGUAUAAUUACUCUGAACAGGACCUGUGGACGGAAAGUGAAAAUACACACACAGCCUUAAAGCAAGAAGUUGAGAACUUUAGGAAGCUAAGUCUCAUUAGUAAAGAGCAGUUUGAAAACCUAACACUUGAACUUCCUUUUGAGCCAAACCGAGAAGUUCUUGUAGCACCUUUACAGUUCAGGCAAGCUGUUCCAUCAUCUCUCAGGAUUCAUCCUGUGUGUACUCCUAAAGCACAUCGAAUGACUUGGCCCCAAGAUCCUAACAAAACACUGAGAUUUUAUCCUGUAGUCAAAGAACCAAGUGCCAUCAAUGUAAAGAGUCCACGAAAGAGGAAGACGAGUCACAGCACAAACCCCCCUCUAGAGAGUCACGUUGGGUGGGUGAUGGAUUCCAGGGACCAUGGGCCAAGACCACCCUCUGUCAGCAGUUCAGCUGCUUCCCCUUCGGAAGGUGCGCCACUUGCAGGAAGCUGCAGCUGCACUCCUCACUCAUUCUCAAAGCUCCAGCAUCCAUCUCAUGAACUGCUGAAGGAGAACGGCUUUACCCACCAAUUGUACCACAAGUAUCGUCGAAGGUGUUUAAGUGAGAGAAAACGCUUGGGAAUUGGACAGUCACAGGAAAUGAACACCCUCUUUCGUUUCUGGUCCUUCUUCCUCAGAGACCACUUCAAUAGGAAAAUGUAUGAGGAAUUUAGACAACUUGCUUGGGAAGAUGCAAAAGAGAAUUACAGGUAUGGGUUAGAAUGUCUUUUCAGGUUUUAUAGUUAUGGACUGGAAAAAAAAUUCAGACAAGAAAUUUUUAAGGAUUUUCAAGAAGAAACCAAAAAAGACUACGAAUCUGGCCAUCUAUAUGGACUGGAAAAAUUUUGGGCCUAUUUGAAAUAUUCUCAAUCUAAGACACAGUCUGUUGACCCAAAACUUCAGGAAUACCUCUGUAGUUUUAAGAAGUUAGAAGACUUCCGUAUUGAUCCCCCUAUGAGUGAGGAAUUUGGAAGAAAAAGACAUUCAUCUGCUUCUGGGGAGGAGAGUAAUCACCAUAGACUCCCACCUCACUCUUCCACACCACCAAGUGCUGCUCAGCCUGCAUCUACCAGUGAACUGCAGGAGAAAGCCACAGGUGCCCAGUGACAACUCACACCAGAACAGUGCUGCCUCGUCCCCCGUGGGUGAAGGACCAGGGAAGUAGAUGAUCACACGAAAGUGUGUGUCCUGGAAAUCAGCAUUAGCAUCUUCUCAUGUUUAAUUGUGAUAAUCAGAAAACAAAAAGGAAGAAAAAUGGUUGUCUAUUUUUCUAGCAAGAUAAAUUCCACACGUUUACCCUGAUUCCACAAACAAGGUCUUUUUGACCUUAGGAGAUCCUGUAGUAAUGCUCUAUGCCCUCAGGUUUUCUUGAAGGCCAUUAUUUACAAGAACAAAAUUCCUUUAAUACAUUUAAACACACCCACACAAGGAAUCGCUGACAUUUCAGCUCAUCCUUCUUACAGAAGAUACACUAUGUUGUAUUCAUCUCUUCUAUAGACCUCUUAAAGAGUCAAAUAGUCCCACUGUCUGUCCAUAUCUGAACAUGUCAAAAGCAAGGAGGAAUUAUGUGUAUAGGUUUUAAGUUCAGAAAUGGAUAUGAAAGAUACAUUUUUUUCUUGUAUAUACAUAGUUGGAAGGAAAUUUUUUCUUUGUUUUUUAUUUUUAUUUUUAUUUUCCAAAACAGUGCACAGCAGACUAUAGUUGUGAAGCCUGUGGGCUUUGGAUGUUGCCGAUUUUACAGUGCUAUGUUGAUAUGGAGCUUUCUGAAUUGGUACAAGUUGGGUAUAUAGAUUCAGACAGAUUGACCUUUGUUUUUCUACAAAAACUUGCACAUGUGACAGAAAACAAUUGGGUUCUGUUGGAAUAUUUGUGUAAACAAAUUAAUUUGUUUUGAAUGUGUCUGCUGUUUAUAUCUGCAAGUGGGUGUGUCAGAGCAGUCAUAUAAUCAUCACCUAACAGGAGCAUUUCGUUGUUUCUUUUAAUUUUGUUUAUGCCCAUAAUUGUUUUCAAGAGUUGAAACAAAUUGAUUUCUAAUACUUAGUGCUAUUGCAACUGAUGUAAAUAAUAGUUUUAUUUUGUGAAAUUUAAAAAAUAAAUUAUUUUGAAUGAUUUGAA